CAUGCACGGCUCCCUCCUUCGCGGCCUCACGAAACAAGCUAGCGUUUUGUACACUCACCACCACCAGCUUAAUUAGCUCCCCGAUCGACACCAUGGCCUCCGUCUCGCGCCUCCUCGCCGUGGCGCUCGUCGUCGUCAUGGCCGCCGCGCUCCUCGGCGGCGGCGGAGACACGUGCCACGCCGCCCGCCUCCUUGCCGACCUGCCGCUGCCCGAGGUGCCUGGCGUGCCGAUGCCGACGCUGCCCGAGGUGCCGGAAUUGCCGAAGCUGCCGAUGCCUGAGCUGCCGGGCGUGCCCAAGGUGCCCGAAGUGCCGGGCGUGCCUGUGCCUGAGGUGCCCGCCGUGCCCGCCGUGCCUUAGGUGCUGCCGGCUCCCGGCGUGAACGAACCCUCUCCCGCGCCGCGUGCCCAUCGGCCUAGACGACGCCCGUGCGCAAGUGCCGGCGCGGGGGCCGGGGGGGUGGUACUCUUCUGUGUUUAAGUGUGUGUCUCUCAUUCCGUCGUGAUAUCUGCUACGUCGUUGUAGGGUAUGGAUGUGCACACGGUGCGCGUGUAUGUAACACCAUAUAUAGACUGCUCGACCGAUGCAUGUCACUAGCUGUUGUGUCGGUGUGAGUAGUAACUUUACAUCGUUGCAUGUUGCCAGGGCUGCAAAGUUCAGUGUAACAUGUAGAAGCAGUGUGGUGCUGUAUAUUGUUGUUGUUACCUGAUACUAACGUGAUGUGUAAUCGUUUUUACA